AUGCCUUUGUCGCGCGUUAGGGAAGAAUUCUGUCCUGGAACGAAGCACCGCGGGAAUAUGGAUGAUAUGUUGAAUGACGGGACACCUAUAUUUGGCGGCGAUGGUAUCCUCGAAGCUGCUACACCCCCCACUCGUCUCCCGUCUCCGGCGCUCUCCACAAUUCCAAAUUAUCAUGCAAUUAAUCGUUGGCCGAGUAGAAAAUUCAACGCGCGGAGGAACACUCACGUUGAUGUCCAAAAUCUCGAGGCCCAAAGCGAAACCAGCCUCCAGGAAGAGCGAGGCGUCGUGCGGAAAGCCAAGGACGACCCUGAUUGGAACAACAUUGGAGUUCAGUGGAAGAAUAGGCGCAGGCUAGAUGAAAACGGAGACUGCGUGUCCGCCACCAAUCAAGAAAUCAACGCGAAAAUCCAAAACAAAAGCUCACUCGGAAACUCGACUCCACGAAUGGCGUCACGUUUGGAUACAGUCAACUUCAUGUCCCCAGGACUCACAACAGUGUUUGCCUCCAAGGAACCAUAUCUUCAUAGCCCUGUCGAUGACUUUUAUGCCCACUUCUACGUGGCUCAAUGGGCAGCGGUCUUCCAUCCAACUACUGGUACUUUCAAGGGAGAGAAACUUGACGCAUUGCGAACGCAAUUGAGCACUAACAACAGUAGAGAUGGAGUGAAGACUAUGGUCACGACCCUUUGCGUCGCCCCUGCAGAUAUUGAGAAUUUCGGCGGCUUCUUGUGCACAUGCGCAUCUCUUUUCGAGCUCUGGGAUGCCAAAAUAAGGAAAUUGUGGAGAGAGUACAGAAUUGCAUUCCGCGAAGUUGACCACGUCGAAAACAACGAAGAACUGAAGAGGUCGUUGUUUAUGGCAUACGCGUCUCGUGGGGUUGCGGACUACAUGGCGGUUUUGGCUGAGUGGACGAAAACCAAUCCUACGGAGUCUGACUGCGGGAGACAAAGCCUGGUGGCAUAA